AUGUUUUGUUUUGAACAGGAGACAUUUAAUACCGAUUUCCCCACUGUUGGCGAGAAAACAUUUGAACUGAUUGACGAUUUACCAGUCAGAAGAGUAAGAAUCGUGGUCCUCAACUACACCGGAGAGCCAUGCUUCAGAUUUGAACUGCUGGGAUGUAACGCUACCGAGAGUUUGGUGCCUGUUGGUAUAUCUGACCCUGUACUGACCUUCAACUAUGCAUCCAUGGAUGACCUCAGUCUGACCUGUACGAUACAGGAUUUACCUACCAGGGGGAUCCAGUAUUACCUGACGUGGUGGAAAGAUGGGGAGGGGAACCUUACCUCUGAGUAUGUGGACCAGGAUAUGUCCAGUGUCCUCGACGUCAAAGCCAGUGAACUUGUGAAUGACUUCAGGAUCUUCAAAUACCAGUGUUUUAUAGAGCCAUGCUACAAGGAAACCUGCUCAUUAGUACGAGGAAUGAAGAAAUCCAGUAAUUUCUUCCAGGCAGAAAUUCAGCUGUUGAGUGAAGACAGUCUGAGUGUGGUGGAGAAUGGACCCCCUGCUUUAAUCCAGUUCAAGUCUACUGUGCCACCAUCAGUGUUUUGUCAGGGCGUGAAUGCAGACCCAGCCUGUCUUCUUACUGUCAAGGUUAAAUCUCAAAAUGAGGCGACAUGCUUAGGAGGCACUGAAUUGCCACAAGUCGUGUUUCCUGAGUCAGCCAGCAGUCAGGAGUCCUGCUUUGUCACUGUGACACAAGACAACUGGAAUACAGUUCAUGAUAUUUCAGUCGUUGGGAGCAUCGAUGGCAUAAUAGAUGGCAAUAGGCAAACAACAGUAUCCCUGGAAACCAGAGCCAACCAAAAACUCCUGCUAACACUGGGUUUGGAUAUACAAGUUUCUGUGGAAGACAAGGAUACCGCUGCGGUGUGUAGCUCCCUGGCUGGUCCUCAUCUGACAACAUUUGAUGGAGUCAAAUAUGACAACCAAAACGAAGGAGAAUUUGUUUUUUACAAACACGACACACUGCCACUAGAAAUCCAUAUGUUUUACCGACGCUGCGGACAAAAUGACUUUAACUGUAACUGCGGCGUUAGUGUACUGGUAGACAAUGAUGUGCUGGUCAUCGAUAGAUGUGGUGCUGAAAGAGGCUCUGAUCCCACUUACCCUGUAAAAACACAGAUGUAUGUUAAUGGUGGGAUGGCGUCGUCAUUCCGUGUUGCUAGUGUGGAUUCUGGACGGGAAUUUCAUGUAUACCUGCCGACAGGUGGAGAGCUGGUCGUCCAGCCGAGCUACAAGGGCAACUUGAAUGUGUGGUUUUACCCUUCACUGCUCGACUUCAACAAUACCAGUGGUCUCUGUGGAGUCUUCGAUGAACAAGAUGUGAACGACUUUCAGCACAGUGACAAUGCAUCCUCAGUCAUUGGUGACAAGUACCCAGUCCUGUUCACCCUGUCCUGGAGGUAUACUACAUUAUAA